GGGAUGGAGCAAAGGGAACAGGGGGCUGGGAGCCUGUGUGCAACCCCCCAGUGCCUGCCCCCAGCUUGGACCCUUUGGGGGGAUUGGGCACGAUGCAGAUCUUCAUGAGCUCCCUGAAGCUUCAGCCUGGAAGGAGCAAAAAGAGGAGACUGCGUGGCUGUGAGCAAUGGCAUCCCAAAUCCAGAUGCCGGAGCCCGUCUGCCUCAUCAAGAAUGAGAAGGGGAAGGGGCUCGUGGUGCAGCCGGAGGCCCUGUGGCUGCUGUCAGGGAUCACACAGCCCAUGGUGGUGGUGGCCAUCGCCGGGCCGUACCGCAGCGGCAAGUCCUACCUCCUGAACAGGCUGGCGGGGCAGAGGAGAGGUUUCGCCCUGGGCUCCAGCGUGCGGGCACACACCAAAGGAAUCUGGAUGUGGUGUGUGCCUCACCCCUGCAAGCCCGGACACACGCUGGUGCUGCUGGACACCGAAGGGCUGGGAGACACUGAGAAGGGCGACACCAAGAAUGACACGUGGAUCUUCGUGCUGGCCGUGCUGCUCUCCAGCACCCUGAUCUACAACAGCAAGGGCACCAUUGACCAGCAGGCCAUGGACAACCUGCACUACGUGCUGAAGCUGACAGAGUACGUCCAGGUGAAAACAGCACCCAAGGAGGCAGAAGAUGAGCAGCCGGGUUUGGACAGACGUGCCCUGUUCUUCCCAAACUUCGUCUGGGCUGUCCGGGAUUUCACGCUGCAGCUGGAGGUGGACGGGAAGGAAAUCUCUGAGGACGAAUACCUGGAGAACGCGUUGAAGUUGCAGGAUGGGAGCAGCCAGGAGGCCCAGAACUACAACCGGCUGCGGGAAUGCAUCCACCAGCUCUUCCCGGAGCGCAAGUGCUUCGUUUUCGACCAGCCAGCCAGGAAGAGGGACCUGCCCCGCUUGGAGGAGCUCCCAGACGAGGUGCUCGACCCUGAAUUCCAGCAGCAGGUGGAGAGAUUUUGCAGCUACAUCGGGCAGAAUUGUCUUCCCAAGACCAUCCCUGGUGGCCACAAGAUAACGGGGAGCAGGCUGGGGACCCUGGUGGUGAGCUACGUGGAAGCCAUCCAGAGCGGGGCCGUGCCAUGCCUGGAGAACGCGGUGCUGGCCCUGGCAGAGAUCGAAAACUCGGAGGCGGUGAAGGAGGCCGUGGCCUUGUACCGGGGUCAGAUGGAGCAGGGGCUGCCCACGGAGACCACCCAGGAGCUGCUGGAGCUGCACGCGCGGUGUGAGAAGGAGGCGAUGAAGCUCUUCAUGGCACGUGCCUUCGCGGAGAGCAGGGAGCGGUUCCAGGCAGAGCUCAUGGUUCAGUUAGAGGCUCUAAAGGAUCAUUUCUGGGUCCAGAAUGAGUGGGCAUCCCACAAGAAGUGCACAGCUGCCCUCCAGGAGCUCUUCCAGGACUUGGACAGACGGAUCAAUGACGGGGUCUACUUCAUGUCAGGGGGCUACCAGCUCUUCCAAAGAGACCAGCAGGCACUGGUGGAGCAAUACCGGGCACUGCCUGGCAAGGGGGUGAAGGCGGAUGCUGUGCUGCAGGAUUUCCUCCAGAAGACAGAGUCUAUGGCCAGAACCAUCCUCAAAGUCGACCGUGAGCUGACGGAGAAGGAAGAGCAGAUAAAAAAUCUGAAAGCCGAGUAUGAGAGAGCUGAGCAGGAGAGGGAGGCUGAGAGGAAGAGGGAGGCUGAGAGGGAGGCCGAAAACCUAAAGAAGUUGUUGAAGAAGGUACUCAGAGAUGGAAAGCCUCGUCAGAGAAAGCAGUGGAAGGAGAAAGAGAGUAUGAACAACCACCAAUCAAAGGUACCAUGGCAGAGAGGACGUGCCCAGAGCUGUGGCUGGCAGGCAGGAAUGGCGAUGGGGGCCCACCUGGCUCCCUCCCGUUGCUUCUUGGCCCCCUUGAUCAUGAUGGCUUUCUUUAGAAGCCGUGCAGAAACAAAGAAAGAGAGCUGUGUAGUGUGCUUCUUGUUCCCAAGUACAAUUCUGCUAAACUCUGCAAGUCCUUGCUGCAAGGGGCAGGGUGUGGCAGUGACCUCCAUGGUCGCUGCCAUUGCACCAGCUAGUGCUUUCAUGCUUUCAUGUAGUUGGAAAGGAAACUAA